UUGGUACAGGCCCAGGGGGCCCUCGGCUGCCUCUCAGGGCUGCCCUUGCCCCCAGCCGAGUUCCGGGCCGUCCUUGCGCAAGCUGAUUGGCUGGAGCCGUGCCCGGGCUGCGCGGCUAUAGGUGAGCCCGGGAGGGGACGGGCGGAGCGGGUUGGAGGCCCGCCCCCUCCUCCCCUGGGUCGGACGCUGAGCCGAGCCGCGGGCGGGAGGCCGGACGGACCGACUGACGGGAGGGACGGGAGCCGAGCAAAAUGGCGCAGACUCAGGGCACCCGGAGGAAAGUCUGUUACUACUACGACGGGGAUGUUGGAAAUUACUAUUAUGGACAAGGCCACCCAAUGAAGCCUCACCGAAUCCGCAUGACUCACAAUUUGCUACUUAACUAUGGUCUCUAUCGAAAAAUGGAAAUAUAUCGCCCUCACAAGGCCAAUGCUGAGGAGAUGACCAAGUACCACAGUGACGACUACAUUAAAUUCUUGCGCUCCAUCCGCCCAGAUAACAUGUCUGAGUACAGCAAACAGAUGCAGAGAUUCAACGUUGGUGAGGACUGUCCUGUAUUUGAUGGCCUGUUUGAGUUCUGUCAGUUAUCUACUGGUGGCUCUGUGGCAAGUGCUGUGAAACUUAAUAAGCAGCAGACGGACAUCGCUGUGAAUUGGGCUGGGGGCCUGCAUCAUGCAAAGAAGUCUGAGGCAUCUGGCUUCUGUUACGUCAAUGAUAUCGUCUUGGCCAUCCUGGAACUGCUAAAGUAUCACCAGAGGGUGCUGUAUAUUGACAUUGAUAUUCACCACGGCGAUGGCGUGGAAGAGGCCUUCUAUACCACAGACCGGGUCAUGACUGUGUCCUUUCAUAAAUACGGAGAGUACUUCCCGGGAACUGGGGACCUACGGGAUAUUGGGGCUGGCAAAGGCAAGUAUUACGCUGUUAACUACCCGCUCCGAGAUGGGAUCGAUGACGAGUCCUAUGAGGCCAUUUUCAAGCCGGUCAUGUCCAAAGUAAUGGAGAUGUUCCAACCCAGUGCAGUUGUCUUACAGUGUGGCUCUGACUCCCUAUCUGGGGAUCGGUUAGGUUGCUUCAACCUGACCAUCAAAGGGCACGCCAAGUGUGUAGAGUUUGUGAAGAGCUUCAACCUGCCUAUGCUGAUGCUGGGAGGAGGUGGUUAUACCAUCCGUAACGUGGCCCGCUGCUGGACGUAUGAAACAGCCGUGGCUCUGGACACGGAGAUCCCAAAUGAGCUUCCAUACAACGACUACUUUGAAUACUUUGGACCAGAUUUCAAACUUCACAUCAGUCCUUCCAAUAUGACCAACCAGAACACCAAUGAGUACCUGGAGAAGAUCAAACAGCGACUGUUUGAGAACCUGCGAAUGCUGCCCCACGCACCUGGGGUCCAAAUGCAGGUGAUUCCUGAGGAUGCCAUUCCAGAGGAGAGUGGCGACGAGGACGAAGAAGACCCUGACAAGCGCAUCUCGAUCUGUUCCUCUGACAAACGAAUCGCCUGUGAGGAAGAGUUCUCGGACUCUGAUGAAGAGGGAGAAGGCGGUCGCAAGAACUCUUCCAACUUCAAAAAAGCCAAGAGAGUCAAAACUGAGGAUGAAAAAGAGAAAGAUCCAGAAGAGAAGAAAGAAGUCACAGAAGAGGAGAAAACCAAGGAGGAGAAGCAAGAAGCCAAAGGGGUCAAGGAGGAGGUCAAGUUGGCCUGAGCAGACCUCUCCAGUUGUGGCUUCCUGCCAAGUUUCCCACCUUUCUCCCACAACCCCUCAGAUUUUAUAUUUUCUAUCUCUCUGUGUAUUUAUAUAAAAAUAUAUUAAAUAUAAAUAUCCCCAGGGACUAGACAGGAACCAGGGCCCUGAGCCCAGGGCACGUGUUAGGAGUGAGCUUUUCUAGUGGCUGCCUUGCCACCCAUCCUUUCCCACUUCUUAAUUUUGAACCAUAAAGGGUGCUGGGUCUGGAAAGCAUUAUUCUUGAGAAGCCAUAGGACAAAAUCCUGAAAUGUUAAGUGCCUGCUUAGUGGCUUUGGAAAGGUGUCCUUACUGGGCAUUCUAGGAGUGGCUAGAUCUUGAGGGACCCCCUGUCAGGCUCCUUAAGGUAGUAUCAGCCAUUUUUAGAUUGGUUCUGUUAUCAUACCUUCCCACUGGCCCCCUGUGAGCCAAGAAACUCACAAUGCCUGCCCUCUAUCCUCGCCCAGUUCUGCAGGUGGAGAUUGGUAGUCUAGUUUCCUUUUUGAGAUACUAUUUUAAUUUUUGUGAGAAUCUUUGUAAUAAAAUGGUACAUUUCUACAUCCUCCUGAGCUUGUCUCCUAGCAGUAUCCCUGGGUUGAUUUCAACUCCACUUCCCUGUCCUGGUGUCCAUGAGAAUCUGGGCAACCCUCCUGAACAACAAGACAACCCCACAAUCUUACCCCUCACCUUAAUCCCUCCCUCAAGGGUUGAGGUUAACCAGUCUUCUCACCCUACUCCCAGAAGACCACUCAUUAAAAAGCACUACUAAAGGGACGACAUUUAUUCCUUUUCCAAAUGUUACAGUAAAACCAGGUGGAAGAGAAUGGUUUUAGCAGUUAGAAAAAAAAAAAAAGUACAAAUCUGGGGUUUGGCCAUUAAAA